CCCCUCUCUCCUCCCAUUUCUCCAAAAACCCUUCCAACUCACAAAACCAAAAAGCUCAAAACCCUGAAAUCUCUGAAACGAGGGCUUCCAUGGAGGAAGAGUAGCAAGGAGCAUGCAGAGAAGUAUCAACAAGAAGAUAGGCUCUUGCCUUCUUCGAUUCACGCCUAACCCAUCUCCAGCUCUCCUCACGCGCCACCACUACUCCCAUUUCCCCCUCUCUCGCCUCCUCACUCUCUCCCAAUUCCUACAUUCCUCUCCAUCCUUCAACCACAGCCUUCAACAACCCAGCUCUUACUGUAAAUUCCCAGAAAAUGGAGCCCUUUUUUUCGCUCCAAGGCCCAUAUUGCGGAAUUUUCUGUGCAGUUGUGGAACCUCCUUAGAUUCUAAUCGCCACUAUAUCAAUCGUAAUUUUUUUACUAGAGCCAAGGAAGUUAAGAACAUUGAAAUCAAUGAUCAGCACAGCCAACGAGCAGUCAGAACUGCAUUAUGGUGUAACUUCCUCGUCUUUUCUCUCAAGUUUGGGGUCUGGUUAACAACCUCUAGCCAUGUUAUGUUGGCUGAAGUUGUGCACUCAGCCGCAGAUUUUGCAAAUCAGGCUCUUCUUGCAUAUGGUCUGAGUAGCUCAAGGCGUGCUCCAGAUGCUAUCCACCCUUAUGGCUAUUCAAAGGAAAGAUUCGUUUGGUCUCUGAUUUCUGCUGUUGGUAUAUUUUGUCUUGGUUCUGGUGCUACAAUUGUUCACGGAGUACAAAAUUUGUGGACUUCACAUCCUCCUGCAAAUAUUCAGUAUGCGGCUUUGGUUAUUGGUGGUUCAUUCCUCAUUGAAGGUGCUUCUCUUGUAGUAGCCAUACAUGCUGUCAAGAAAGGGGCAGCUGCAGAGGGAAUGAAGGUGAGAGAUUAUGUUUGGCGUGGUCAUGAUCCUACAUCUGUUGCAGUCAUGACAGAGGAUGGUGCUGCAGUUACUGGUCUUAUUAUUGCAGGAGCAUCACUAGUUGCUGUAAAUACGACUGGAAAUCCAAUUUAUGAUCCAAUAGGUUCAAUUGUGGUUGGUAAUUUACUUGGAAUGGUAGCUAUAUUUCUCAUCCAGAGGAAUCGGCAUGCAUUGAUUGGUAGAGCAAUUGAUGCUCAUGAUAUGGAAAAGGUUCUUAAUUUGUUGAAAAAUGAUCCGGUAGUUGAUGCUCUAUAUGAUUGUAAAAGUGAGGUGAUUGGACCUGGGUUCUUUAGGUUUAAGGCAGAAAUAGAUUUCAAUGGCGUGGUGGUGGUGCAAAAUUAUCUGAAAAGGACAGGACGUGAAACAUGGGCCAGACAGUUUCGGGACGCUGCAAAGGAGGAGGACGAUUCUGCACUGCUGCGGAUGAUGUCAAACUAUGGUGAGGAAGUGGUUACAGCUCUGGGUAGUGAAGUUGACAGGCUAGAAAAGGAGAUCCAGGAGCUUGUUCCUGGCAUUCGGCAUGUAGAUAUUGAGGCCCACAAUCCGACAGGACCAUCUCCAUGAUCCACAGUUUUUGACGCGUAAGCACUAUUGUUUAUGCCCAUUCUUUUCUUUAUAUAGUUGAUGAAUUACUAAACAUUUUAACAGACCGGGUGCUUCUCUGUGUUGCCAGUAGCCCAACUAUGAUCUUAUAUCUGAAAAAUGUUUGUUGUGAUUGUAUCAGGAAAUGUUAAUAAUGAGAUCUCAAAAUCCUUCAAUCAAUAUAUGCUUUCCUGAGUUUGAUAUAUUUUCCUGUCUGCUCCCCAUCAACUAUGCUAUUUUGCAUAUCAACUAAACCACAAUGUCUCUAGUCAAUUCCUUCUGCAUUCUAUAUUCAUAGAGGGGUUUUCAAGAAAUUCUGGUAGAAUUUUGGAAAUCAGAGAAGUUUUGAAGAUUUACUUGGUGAUCAAGCAGUUACAUAAACAGAGACUGGAGUGGAUUGUAAGAAAACUUGGGGAUUAAGUUUUUGUGCUCCUGUAUCUUUCUCAGUAUGUUUGGAUCAAUGAAUUUUCUAGAGAAACUUGGGGAUUCUGAGGAGCAUGUUUGGGUCAACAAAUUUUCCUGGAAAACUUGGGGAUUAGGUUUUGGUUCUGUUUUUGUAUCUUUCUCGGUAUUAUGUUUGGGUCAGAGUUUUCUAGGAAAACUUGGGGAUUCUGAGGAAAGAGGGAGGUUAGUAUAUAGCACAAAAUAAAAGACAAAUAUUUUGGUUUGUUUCUACCAAUGGAUUCAUGUGUCUGCAUCUACUUUACCUACUGAAUUUCA